AUGGCCUGCUCCGACCUCUGCCGCCCCUGCGGACCCACCCCGCUGGCUAACAGCUGCAACGAGCCCUGUGUCAGGCAGUGCGAGGACUCCCGCGUCGUCAUCCAGCCUUCCACCGUGCUCGUCACCCUGCCAGGACCCAUCCUCAGCUCCUUCCCCCAGAGCACCGCCGUCGGAUCCUCCUCAUCGGCUGCCGUGGGCAACGUCCUCAGCUCCCAGGGAGUGCCCGUCUCCUCCGGAGGCUUCGGCUACGGCUACGGCUUGGGCGGCCUGGGCUGCUUCGGCGCCGGGAGAGGCUGCUACCCCUGCUAAGGGCCCUUGACACACGAGCUCAACAUCAACGGCUCCUCCUCUCUAUGCAUUAAAUAAGGAAGCAAGGAUGGGGUAGCUGCGGUUUCCUGGAAACAUGACCCAUGUACCUCCUCCUGUUCUCCAACUGUCUUCUUUGCAUCGCCACUCCUGCUAUGUCCAAUAUUCUCCGCUGCAAACACCUUCUCAGCAGAGAAAGGCCAUCAAGGCCGCUGGUGGGAUGCUCCCACUGCAGAACAGGAAUAGCUGGGUGAUCUACUGCAUGCAAGGGACCUUGGCUGAUGGUCGCCGUACUUCUCCAUCAGACCAGCUCCCUUCCACUCAGCGAUCCUGCAUUCUCCCUGUUUUUUUCUCUCAAUAAAUUUCUCCUGCAUCCCA